AUGGCGUCGUUUGGGGGGUCCCUUUUGAUCCACAUUGCUAUACUCUUUCGCAUUGUUUUGCUCUUUAGUCUCAAGAACCUCUCAUUGGCCGACGACCCAUCUGCCAACUUCGACUUAGAGCUCUCUUACAUCACUGCUUCUCCUCUUGGUGUUCCCCAACAGGUCAUAGCAGUUAAUGGGCAGUUUCCAGGACCUACUAUUAAUGUUACUACUAAUGACAAUGUCGUGGCCGGAAUCCAAAUGCGUCGCGCUUCUUGGCAAGAUGGUGUGCUUGGCACGAAUUGUCCAAUCCCUCCAAAUUGGAAUUGGACGUAUCAGUUUCAGGUUAAGGAUCAGAUUGGUAGCUUCUUUUACUUUCCAUCACUGAACUUUCAGAGAGCAGCUGGUGGCUUUGGUUCUUUCAUCAUCACAAAUCGUGACAUCAUCCCGCUGCCCUUCAACAUGCCUGAUGGGGAUAUAGUCAUCAUAAUUGGUGACUGGUAUACUCGAAACCAUAUGGCACUGAGGACGUCCCUCGAUGCUGGACAAGACCUUGGUAUGCCAGAUGGAGUUCUCAUUAAUGGGAAGGGUCCUUACAGAUACAACACGACGCUCGUCUCAGAUGGCAUUGAUUAUGAAACAAUUAAUGUUGAUCCAG